AUUUAUUUCCAUGCUGUCAUAUGCCGUAAAGGUGGUGACAAGGGAAGAAGUAUUUUGAUUCAAAAAGUUUGUUAACCAUGUACGGAGGCGGCCGCGCACCCAUUUUGGUGUUAAGCCAAAACACAAAACGCGAAUCAGGCAGGAAAGUUCAGGUGGAGAACAUAAAUGCGGGAAAACAAAUCGCUGAUGUAAUCCGUACCUGCCUGGGGCCUCAGGCAAUGCUAAAAAUGCUGAUGGACCCGAUGGGAGGAAUCGUCAUGACGAAUGACGGUAAUGCGAUCUUGCGAGAGAUCACAGUGCAGCAUCCAGCAGCCAAAAGUAUGAUUGAGAUUGCUCGUACCCAGGAUGAAGAAGUUGGUGAUGGUACAACGUCAGUGAUUGUAUUAGCAGGUGAAAUGUUGGCAGCUGCCGAACAAUUUCUUGAACAACAGAUACAUCCUACAAUAAUAAUUCGGCAGUACCGGCAAGCCCUUGAAGACAUUAUUACAUUGUUGGAAGGUCCACUUAGUCUUGCCAUUGACAGAAAUGAUAAGACAGCCUUGGCUAAUGUUGUACAAGGAUGUAUUGGAACCAAGUUUAUUGGCAAAUGGUCUGAUUUGGCGGUCAAUAUUGCUUUGGAUGCUGUGACAACAGUUUUUGUUGACGAGAAUGGUAGAACUGAGGUAGAUAUUAAGAGAUAUGCAAAAGUGGAAAAAAUCCCAGGGGGUUCUAUUGAGGACUCUGAAAUCUUGAAAGGUGUUAUGCUUAACAAAGAUGUAACACAUCCCAAAAUGAGACGCUAUAUAGAGAAUCCCAGAAUAAUUCUUUUGGAUUGCGCACUUGAAUACAAAAAAGGUGAAUCUCAGACCAAUGUAGAGAUCACUAAUCAAGGUGACUUCACUAGAAUGCUUGAGAUUGAAGAGGAACAUGUGAGAAAACAAUGUGAGGAGAUUAUUGCUCUCAAGCCAGAUGUAGUGUUUACAGAAAAAGGAGUGUCUGACUUGGCCCAACAUUUCCUACUCAAGGCGGGCAUCAGCGCUAUCCGAAGGGUCCGCAAGUCAGACAAUAACAGGAUUGCCCGAGCUUGUGGGGCGACUAUUGUUAACAGAAGCGACGAGUUGCAGGAGUCCGAUGUUGGGACGGGUGCGGGACUGUUUGAGAUUAAGAAGCUGGGAGAUGAAUACUUCUGUUACAUCACCAAGUGUAAAAAUCCCAAGGCGUGCACGAUCAUAUUGAGAGGUGCCAGCAAAGACAUCUUAAAUGAGAUGGAGCGCAACUUGCAGGACGCCCUGCAGGUGGCUCGAAAUAUUGUGUUGCUGCCUCGUCUCGUGCCGGGUGGCGGGGCUAUAGAAAUGGCGGUCGCGCAGCGUUUGUUACAGAAGGCUACGCACGGACCCUACAGGGCGUUAGCCCACGCACUGGAAAUUAUCCCACGCACUCUGGCCCAAAACUGCGGAGCCAAUACGAUCAAAACUUUGACCGCAUUGAGGGCAAAACACGCUAACCAUUCAGAUGCGAAGGCGCCCUGCACUUGGGGUAUCGACGGGGAGACGGGCGAAUUGGUCGAGCAGAAGGAAAAGGGACUAUGGGAACCAUUGGCGGUUAAAUUGCAGACGUACAAGACAGCUAUCGAAACAGCGAUUCUGUUACUGCGCAUCGACGAUAUCGUUUCGGGAUCAAAGAAGAAAGAUAACGAGCCGUCGAAGCCGAGUCAAGUCGCGGAGCAAACGGAAUCGAAGGAUUAAGUUCCACACUGAGAUUCUCCAAACUUUGAAAGCUAUUUUUCAUUAGUUUUUUGUAUUCUUUAAUAUGAUCACCCAGUAUGUUUAACACAUUAAUCAGUAAAUGACUCGCUUUU